CACCACUUCUUUACUACCGUCUCUUUCUUUCAUCUUUCUUUCUUGCUAAAGCUCUCAACUUUCUUUAUAUUUCAUCAAAAAAUAAAAUUACAAAAAUGGCCAUCAGAAAACCAAACAAGUUAUCACAAGCUACAGUGUUGAAGCAAAUUUUGAAGAGGUGUUCUAGUUUGGGUAAGAAGCAAGGCUAUGACAACGAAGAUUACUGUCUUCCUAUUGACGUACCAAAAGGACAUUUUGCAGUUUACGUAGGAGAGAAUCGAACUCGAUAUGUCGUACCAAUUUCUUUCUUAACUCACCCUCAGUUUCAAUGCCUCCUCCAACAGGCGGAGGAAGAAUUUGGAUUUGAUCACGACAUGGGUAUUACCAUUCCCUGUGAAGAAUUGGUUUUCCAAUCACUGACUUCUAUGAUCCGCUGCUGAAGUAUUUACAAAAGAAAAGUAAAAAAGAGUGAAUAUUAGGGGUUAGUUCUUUUUUUGGUGUUAAGAAGGAUGGCUCAAGAUGAAGCAAUUUGGUGUUUUUUGCUUCUCUUUUUUUUUCUAACGUCUUUCUUCGCUCUAUUUGGUAUUUUCUUGUUUUGCUACUUUCCUCUAACCCUGACCUAGGAACCACAUGAUAUUAUUAGUAGUGUUUUUUAUGGGUCAGAAUCAGAUUUGUAAACAAAUCUUGGAAUUUUUUCCUUGCAGUGGUGCUUUUUUGCGCCCUGUGAGAGAAGUGAAUGUAUUUCAGUCUAUUUGCAUUGUUACUGCA